AUGCGACUUUCUAAAGUAUCUGAUAUUAAAUCUACAGGAGUUUCGAAUUAUAAAAAUUUCAAUUCGAAAAAUUCCUCUAAGUAUUCUUUAAUGGAAGUCUCAAAAAAAAAUGAAAAGAAGAAUUCCUUAGGUGCCUUCCAUUCCAAAAAAAUUUUAUUAAUUUUUGGAAUAAUAUAUGUAGUCCUAUUGAAUGCUUAUAUAUGUGGAGACAAAUACGAAAAGGCUGUAGAUUAUGGUUUUAGAGAAAGCAGAAUUUUAGCUGAAGGAGAAGAUACGUGUGCACGAAAAGAAAAGACUACAUUAAGAAAAAGUAAGCAGAAAACAUCUACACGCACAGUUGCUACUCAAACAAAGAAAGAUGAAGAAAAUAAAUCAGUUGUUACCGAAGAACAAAAAGUAGAAAGUGAUUCCGAAAAACAAAAAAGAACCAAAAAAGUAGUAAAAAAGCAAAUUAAUAUAGGAGAUACAGAAAAUCAAAAAGAAGGAAAAAACGUUAAAAAAGUUAUAAAGAAAGAAAAGAAAAAAGAAGAAUCUGGAAAACCAGAAGAAAAUAAACAUGCAAACGAAGCUUCAAAAAAACAGGAACCUAAAGCCUCAAAAGUAUCUCAAAAACCAUCAACUAGCACACGUUCAAAUAAUGAAGUAAAAAUACGAGCUGCUUCUAAUCAAGAAACAUUAACUAGUGCCGAUCCAGAAGGACAAAUAAUGAGAGAAUAUGCUGCUGAUCCAGAAUAUCGUAAACACUUAGAAAUAUUUUAUAAAAUAUUAACUAACACCGAUCCAAAUGAUGAAGUAGAAAGAAGAAAUGCCGAUAAUAAAGAAGAUUUAACUAGUGCCGAUCCAGAAGGUCAAAUAAUGAGAGAAUAUGCUUCCGAUCCAGAAUACCGUAAACACUUAGAAAUAUUUUAUAAAAUAUUAACUAACACCGAUCCAAAUGAUGACGUAGAAAGAAGAAAUGCCGAUAAUAAAGAAGAUUUAACCAGUGCCGAUCCAGAAGGUCAAAUAAUGAGAGAAUAUGCUGCUGAUCCAGAAUAUCGUAAACAUUUAGAAGUAUUUCAUAAAAUAUUGACUAAUACCGAUCCAAAUGAUGAAGUAGAAAGAAGAAAUGCCGAUAAUAAAGAAGAUUUAACCAGUGCCGAUCCAGAAGGUCAAAUAAUGAGAGAAUAUGCUGCUGAUCCAGAAUAUCGUAAACACUUAGAAGUAUUUCAUAAAAUAUUGACUAAUACCGAUCCAAAUGAUGAAGUAGAAAGAAGAAAUGCCGAUAACAAAGAAUUAACCAGCUCAGACCCAGAAGGUCAAAUAAUGAGAGAAUAUGCCGCUGAUCCAGAAUAUCGUAAACACUUAGAAGUAUUUCAUAAAAUAUUGACCAAUACCGAUCCAAAUGAUGAAGUAGAAAGAAGAAAUGCCGAUAACAAAGAAGAUUUAACUAGUGCCGAUCCAGAAGGUCAAAUAAUGAGAGAAUAUGCUGCUGAUCCAGAAUAUCGUAAACACUUAGAAGUAUUUCAUAAAAUAUUGACUAAUACCGAUCCAAAUGAUGAAGUAGAAAGAAGAAAUGCCGAUAAUAAAGAAGAUUUAACUAGUGCCGAUCCAGAAGGACAAAUAAUGAGAGAAUAUGCUGCUGAUCCAGAAUAUCGUAAACACUUAGAAAUAUUUCAUAAAAUAUUAACUAACACCGAUCCAAAUGAUGAAGUAGAAAGAAGAAAUGCCGAUAAUAAAGAAGACUUAACUAGUGCCGAUCCAGAAGGUCAAAUAAUGAGAGAAUAUGCCGCUGAUCCAGAAUACCGUAAACACUUAGAAAUAUUUUAUAAAAUAUUAACUAACACAGAUCCAAAUGAUGAAGUAGAAAGAAGAAAUGCCGAUAAUAAAGAAGAAUUAACCAGCUCAGACCCAGAAGGUCAAAUAAUGAGAGAAUAUGCCGCUGAUCCAGAGUAUCGUAAACACUUAGAAAUAUUUCAUAAAAUAUUAACUAACACCGAUCCAAAUGAUGAAGUAGAAAGAAGAAAUGCCGAUAAUAAAGAAGACUUAACUAGUGCCGAUCCAGAAGGUCAAAUAAUGAGAGAAUAUGCCGCUGAUCCAGAAUACCGUAAACACUUAGAAAUAUUUUAUAAAAUAUUAACUAACACCGAUCCAAAUGAUGAAGUAGAAAGAAGAAAUGCCGAUAAUAAAGAAGAUUUAACCAGUGCCGAUCCAGAAGGUCAAAUAAUGAGAGAAUAUGCUUCCGAUCCAGAAUACCGUAAACACUUAGAAAUAUUUUAUAAAAUAUUAACUAACACCGAUCCAAAUGAUGACGUAGAAAGAAGAAAUGCCGAUAACAAAGAAGAUUUAACUAGUGCCGAUCCAGAAGGUCAAAUAAUGAGAGAAUAUGCUGCUGAUCCAGAAUAUCGUAAACACUUAGAAGUAUUUCAUAAAAUAUUGACUAAUACCGAUCCAAAUGAUGAAGUAGAAAGACAAAAUGCUGAUAAUAACGAAGCAUAA